AUGAAUUUAGGUCUAAUGAAGGAAAAAUCCAGUAAUCUGGUCUCUUAUGGGGGAAGACAUUUUAUGAAAUGCAGAACUUGUUACCUGUGGUCUCCAAUGGGAUUUUGGAGCAAGUUUGAAGCAGAUACGGAAAUAAUUGUGUUUGACUGGAAUAAAAUUCUUGCAAAGUCCCUAAGGAUGAGGCUCAAUGCCAAUUCGAUGCUUCUGACUCACUGGCUCAUCUUGGCCUAUGUCUUAAUGGUGUGCUGUAAAAUGUUGUCAGCCUCAAGCCUUAAUUCCCGAGGGCAAACAGGUCAUUAUCAAGUCAAACAAGGGACAUGUGAGGUCGUGGCAGUCCAUCGAUGCUGUAAUAAAAACCGCAUUGAGGAGAGGUCUCAGACGGUGAAGUGCUCUUGUUUCCCGGGGCAGGUAGCUGGCACGACCAGGGCGCAGCCAUCUUGUGUGGAAGCGUCCAUUGUCAUCCAGAAGUGGUGGUGUCACAUGCAGCCGUGCAUGGAAGGGGAGGAUUGUAAAGUUUUGCCGGAUCUCACAGGCUGGUCCUGCAGCAGUGGAAACAAAAUCAAAACUACAAAGGUAACACGGUAGCAAAAAGAAAAUCCGGCGACAGAGCAAUGAAUUGUUGCACCUCCCUGACAAUAUGUGCACUCAAUCUCUCUUUCGGACUGCGAGACUUCUCUUUUUAGGAAUUGUUCUAACGAAUAGUAACAUUUUCACCCUAUUUUUCUGCUCAAUCAAGUAUCCACUGGAGCUUUAAAUAAAAAAGACCAAAAACUUGAUCAAUAUCAAUUCUGCUGACAGCAGUGACUGAUUUUUUAGCGAUUAUUAAGAAACACGUGAACUCAAUCUCCAGAUUUCUCUUGAAAUAUUGAG